GUCCUAUUUAGUGAAUUGACGGGUCAGCGCCUGCAGCUGGACUGACAGCUUUCAUCCAAAGGUAGCGGAGUUGAUCUCUUCGCCAUCAUAUUUUAAUGCCUCUGCAUGAGACAUGGACGCCACAAUGUUUCAGCUGAGGUCGUUUGUUCACCGGCGGCUGUACGCAGCAGCAGAGGAGAUCCUAGGAGAGGUGGAGAAAACCAUCACGUUAGCUCUGUACGAAGCUGAAGUUAGUCGCUCUAAAGAGGAGAUGCAAAGUGUGCGACACCAGCUGGGCCUUCUGCCAAAAAAAUCAGAGAGUUCACCGACCAGCAAAACUGUGGAACAUGGAGAUGAAUGUGAGUUCCCACUGCUGCAGGAAAAUCCAGGACCAUCAAUGCCAGAGGAGUCCAACUUCAGCCUGAGUGCUGAGGUCCCGGGACCCUCUCAAACCAACACAGAUCUGGAUAAUAACAACUGGAAAUAUUGCCUGGUUGAGACAGACUUCAAGAUGUCUGAGAUCAAACAGGAGCAGGAUGAACCUUGGGAUGACGGUCACACACAGGAGGCUAAUUUUCCUUCUCCUGAAGUUGUGAAAAUUGAGCAACAUCUGCCGGGAACACCAGGAACUUAUGAAAUGCAGCCAGUUUCUUCAGAUGGAUCUGCAGCUCAGAGUGAGAGCAAUGAAAGCGAUGAGGAUUUGGUGAGCAGCAAAGAAGAAAAGACUGAAAUGAUGAAACGGAAUGCAAAGAUGUUGCAAGCACAAAGCGGCAGUGUUAAUGAGAAGAGUCAAGCGGAAUUGCCUUAUAAGAAUUUCUCUGCUAAAGGUCAAAAGGACCGCAGCUUUUGCCAUUUGUGUGGCAAAGGAUUCCAGUACAUCGGCUCUUUGAUGAAGCACAUAAAAACACACGACAAAAAAAUAGAUUGCACUGUUUGUGGGAUAACUUACCAGUCUACAAAAGAUCUGGUAAUACAUUUGAAAGGUCAUCAUAACAAACAUUAUUUUUGUGACGUCUGCGGCAAGACCUUUGCCAAUAACCGUUGUCUCCGGCUGCAUGGGAAAAUACACACAGGGAUAAAAGAGUUUGUGUGUCAGGAAUGUGGCAAAACAUUUUACCGGAGAGAGCAUCUGAUCGUGCAUGUGAGGACCCAUUCCGGGGAAAAACCAUAUCACUGUGAUAUAUGUGGAAAAGCGUUCAGCCAGAGCCAGAACCUCACUAUUCAUAAAAGAAGUCAUUCAGGGGAGAGACCAUAUCAUUGUAGCAUGUGUGGCAAACUUUUUAAUACUAGCAGUCACCUCAAAACACACAUGAGAUACCAUUCAGGAGAAAAACCGUAUCCAUGUGAUAUUUGUGGUAAAUGUUUUCGCCAAAGUGGACAGAUGACUAGACACAGGACAACGCAUACAGGAGAGAGGCCGUAUAGCUGCCAUGUUUGUGGUAUGAGAUACAGGUUUGCGCCUAAUCUUAAGGUGCACCUGCAAACUCAUGAGAAGGCAACCACUCAGUAA